GACUAUAUUGUGUUGUUGACAGGACACUGUACCAGACUAUAUUGUGUUGUUGACAGGACACUAUACCAGACUAUAAUGUGUGUUUGACAGGACACUGUACCAGACUAUAAUGUGUGUUUGACAAGACACUGUACCAGACUAUAUUGUGUUGUUGACAGGACACUGUUCCAGACUAUAUUGUGUUGUUGACAGGACACUGUACCAGACUAUAUUGUGUUGUUGACAGGACACUGUACACGAAUGUACAGAAUAUUAUGUGGUUUACUGGACUCUGUACCCGACUUGUACUGAGCUGUACACAUGAAACAACUGGAUCAUCUAUUCGACCCAACGUUUGUUGGCGUGUACAAGGCACAAUAUAAAACUAGGAUUUGUCAGUGUUAAACUCAUCUAUUUAACACGUGUGUCAAAGGUAGUGAAGCGAUUCUUGAUUUUGAUGACAGGGAUAAGGCCUCAGUUGCUUAGACGGAUCAGUGGCUAUUUUGAGAUGAACACUUUUGUUAUAUAGGCGAUAUCAUUCACACAGAUCAAAUUGAGGGCCUAAAAACGAAAUAUAGUGUAGGUCAACAGUCAACACUGAAAGUAGAUUUAUAGUAGAUCACAAGUCAGAACUGAAAUUGUUAUGUAGUAGGUCACAAGUCAGAAGUGAAAGUGGAUAUAUAGAAUAGAUCACAAGUCAGCACUGAAAGUAGUCCUGUAGUAGAUCACAAGUCAGCACUGAAAUUGAUACGUAGUGGGUCACAGUCAGUAGUGAAAGUAAAUCUAUUAACAGUCACAUGAGUGAACAUGGCUACCCUUUUGACAAGUGUCCCCAGGUAGGCAAUCAAUAUUGAGACACUAGAAAGUCUGGUUUGAGCCGGAUUAUCUAGCGGGAUUUUAUGUAUGAUUGUGCAGAUGAUUUUUUUUUGGGGGGGGGUGGGGGGGUGGGGGGAUUGUGUUGGUGAAUGUGUAGUUGAUUACAUAUUAAAAAAAAAUUGAAAUAUCAUUUUAAACUAUAUUUUAAUGUCAAUACUUUUGUUUGAGCUACGACUGGAAGUUUGAUGCAGUAAAAGAUCAGACACAGUGGUUCUCAUGUUACCGAUUCCAUAAAAAGGAAGUGUUAAUUUAAAUUUCAUUGAGCGAUGAGACGUACUUCUAUGUUGCCCAAUCUAUGAUAAUAGCAUCCCUUGGCGUAGCUAAGGAUUAUUGCCGCCCUUGAUGGACCAAGAUGAUUUUCAAAAAUUCUUAACCUACGAAAAAAAUGUCUUUAGUUGAGAUAAAAUGUCGCCCAUCAAUAGAUAGUAACCUUUGCCCCACCUUUCCUAAGUCAGUGUUUCUGGUUUGAACAUAUGGAGAUACAUUCUAUCUCACCAGACAAGGCUCGGCUUCCGAUACCAAUCUACUGCACAUAUCGACCUACAUUCUGUCUCACCAGACAAUACUUGCCUUCCGAUGCCCACCUAAUGCACAUAUCGACCUACAUUCUGUCUCACCAGACAAUACUUGCCUUACAAUGCCCAUAUACUUAACAUAUCGACCUACAUUAUGCCUCACCAGACAAUACUUGCCUUACGAUGCCAAUCUACUGCACAUAUCGACCUACAUUCUGUCUCACCAGACAAUACUUGCCUUACGAUGCCAAUCUACUGCACAUAUCGACCUAUAUUCCGUCUCACCAGACAAUACUUGCCUUACGAUGCCAAUCUACUGCACAUAUCGACCUAUAUUCCGUCUCACCAGACAAUACUUGCCUUACGAUGCCAAUCACAAUCUACUGCACAUAUCGACCUAUAUUCCGUCUCACCAGACAAUACUUGCCUUACGAUGCCAAUCUACUGCACAUAUCGACCUAUAUUCCGUCUCACCAGACAAUACUUGCCUUACGAUGCCAAUCUACUGCACAUAUCGACCUAGAUUCCGUCUCACCAGACAAUACUUGCCUUACGAUGCCAAUCUACUGCACAUAUCGACCUAUAUUCUGUCUCACCAGACAAUACUUGCCUUACGAUGCCAAUCUACUGCACAUAUCGACCUAGAUUCCGUCUCACCAGACAAUAAUUGCCUUACGAUGCAAUCUACUGCACAUAUCGACCUAUAUUCCGUCUCACCAGACAAUACUUGCCUUACGAUGCCAAUCUAUUGCACAUAUCGACCUAUAUUCCGUCUCACCAGACAAUACUUGCCUUACGAUGCCAAUCUACUGCACAUAUCGACCUAUAUUCUGUCUCACCAGACAAUACUUGCCUUACGAUGCCAAUCUACUGCACAUAUCGACCUAGAUUCCGUCUCACCAGACAAUAAUUGCCUUACGAUGCAAUCUACUGCACAUAUCGACCUAUAUUCCGUCUCACCAGACAAUACUUGCCUUACGAUGCCAAUCUAUUGCACAUAUCGACCUAUAUUCCGUCUCACCAGACAAUAAUUGCCUUACGAUGCAAUCUACUGCACAUAUCGACCUAUAUUCCGUCUCACCAGACAAUACUUGCCUUACGAUGCCAAUCUACUGCACAUAUCGACCUAUAUUCCGUCUCACCAGACAAUACUUGCCUUACGAUGCCAAUCUACUGCUGUUUUUUGUUGUUGUUGUUGUUUUCUUGUUUUUUUAAAUGUAUUAAUUUGUUUAAAGCUUCUGACCACAACUACCAAUGCCGGACUGAGACCUAGUCAUUGGCGUAGGAAUUGUAACGUGGAAGGGGGAGGCGGUCUGCUCUAGAUGGCACUUUUUUUUCUCUAUAAUGGGGUGUGCGGCAGUUUUUGCAAAGUGAAACGAACAACAACAAAGUGAUUAAAAGACUCAAGACAUGAUUUUAUUUUACCAUGAAUCGCUACACAUAUAAUGAGAUACUGGAACUAUGAAAACAUUUAAUUUUCUCAAUUCUAUAAAAGGUAUAUCUAACCUAAAUAUUCUGACCCAGUUAAAUAGAAAUAGUGAGAGGGAAAUUAAAGAACCCCUAAAAAAAUAGUUUUUUUGGUAUAAAUCUUUAUACAAUUGAAAAUCGAGCAGUGGGGCUGAAAAAUCUGGUGACAUGAAAUUACAAGCUUAGUCCAGGGUAACGUGCCGUCUUGGAUAAUAUAGACCUUCAGUCAGACAACAAAAGAACGUAUGCCUUAGCACGCACAGGUGGAAAAAAAUGUAUGUUAAAAUCUAUUAAUAGUUGGAUUUUUUUUUUUUUUUUUUUUUUUUUUGGUCAAAAGAGAGAAUUACAACUUCCAGCAAUUAGUGCCCACGAGAAGCAUCCAUUUGAUCAAGAUACAUGCGGCCGUUUUGAUUUUAUGCCUAUAAAUGUAUAAUUAUAAGUGGGAUUAGAUUGUCUUUUUUGUUUAUUUUUUUUUUGGGGGGGGGUGGGCUCAAUAAAUCUCUUUAAUACUUUAUAACAAGCUCUAGCUACCCCUUGGGAUUUGCUAAUAAAAAAACAACAAAAAAACAACAAAAAAACAAUAAAGUGGUUUCCAUUGGUCUUACGUUUAGUAAAUCCACUCUUGCGGUUUACGACUUUGAAAUUUAUUUACAUGUGUCUGCAAAAUAAUUUUUCUUAUGCAUGAUUCUGCGUGGUCUGAUUAAAAUGUAUGAGCUUCUGGGUACAAUCACCAUAGGAGCACAUAGCCGUCUAUUCAUUGUCAAUAGAUGGUGAUGGUCGUACACUCGGUUUUGGGCACCUUGACGCCGGUGGACUAAAUGAUUUGGCAUGUGGCACGACGACAAUAAUUUUUUUUUUAAAAUGAAAUAAAACGAGGAAACAAAUUAUCCCAUUCAAUGUUUGAAUUUUUUUAUAAAUUAUAUUUAAAUAGACAGAAUUCCUAGAAUUCAAUAACUGCUUCGUUGGCCAUUGGGCCCUGAUCCUAUACAUAACUAAGACUGAGCGACACACUGCGCCAUUAUGUUGGGCCCUGAUCCUAUACAUAACUAAGACUGAGCGACACACUGCACCAUUAUGUUGGUCCCUGAUCCUAUACAUAACUAAGACUGAGUGACACACUGCACCAUUAUGUUGGUCCCUGAUCCUAUACAUAACUAAGACUGAGCGACACACUGCACCAUUAGGUUGGGCCCUGAUCCUAUACAUAACUAAGACUGAGCGACACACUGCACCAUUAUGUUGGUCCCUGAUCCUAUACAUAACUAAGACUGAGCGACACACUGCACCAUUAUGUUGGGCCCUGAUCCAAUACAUAACUAAGACUGAGCGACACACUGCACCAUUAUGUUGGGCCCUGAUCCAAUACAUAACUAAGACUGAGCGACACACUGCACCAUUAUGUUGGUCCCUGAUCCUAUACAUAACUAAGACUGAGCGACACACUGCACCAUUAUGUUGGGCCCUGAUCCAAUACAUAACUAAGACUGAGCGACACACUGCACCAUUAUGUUGGGCCCUGAUCCAAUACAUAACUAAGACUGAGCGACACACUGCACCAUUAUGUUGGUCCCUGAUCCAAUACAUAACUAAGACUGAGCGACACACUGCACCAUUAUGUUGGUCCCUGAUCCAAUACAUAACUAAGACUGAGCGACACACUGUACUAUUAUGUUGGUCCCUGAUCCAAUACAUAACUAAGACUGAGCGACACACUGCACCAUUAUGUUGGGCCCUGAUCCAAUACAUAACUAAGACUGAGCGACACACUGCACCAUUAUGUUGGUCCCUGAUCCAAUACAUAACUAAGACUGAGCGACACACUGCACCAUUAUGUUGGUCCCUGAUCCAAUACAUAACUAAGACUGAGCGACACACUGUACUAUUAUGUUGGUCCCUGAUCCAAUACAUAACUAAGACUGAGCGACACACUGCACCAUUAUGUUGGGCCCUGAUCCAAUACAUAACUAAGACUGAGCGACACACUGCACCAUUAUGUUGGUCCCUGAUCCAAUACAUAACUAAGACUGAGCGACACACUGCACCAUUAUGUUGUUGUUGUUUUCCUGACGUAAAACGCACAUGCGUUUAAUACGUUUAAAAUUCUUGUUUAAAUAAAUAGUAAAAGAAAAAAAAAACUUUAAUAUUUAGUAGCAAUUAAAAAAAUGAAAUGUUUGUAUAAACACAACAAGGUCAAAGGUCAAUUAAAUUUCACAGCAUUUCUCUUUUGCAUAAUCAAUCAAGUGUAGACUGAUUCAAAACUAAAUUCAUGUAUGCACCCAAAUGAAUCCUUUUAUUUUGGAUUAAUAAAAACAAUUUCGGUGGAGGGAGCUUAAUGAGCCACCGCCCCAGACCCCUGCCCACACUUUUGUUCGUAUCGGGAGCAGACGGCGUCCUUCAUUUCUUUCUCUCCUCAAUCUCUCCCCCCCCCCCCAAAUCAAAGUGGAUUUCCGCCACCUUUAUAUCAGUAGGAACUGGAGAUACCUCAAAUCCUUUGGCUUGAACAAAAAGUCACUGGGCCCCUAAAAGUCGUAUUGCCCCUUAUAAAUCACUGGGCCCCUGAAAAGUCGCGGGGGUACCUAAAAAGCCGCGGGGCUCCUAAAAAUUUGCGCGGCCUCUAAAGGGCGUGGUGCUCUCGGCCCGUUUCUUAAACUUUGCCCUUGGGUNCUUUUGUUCGUAUCGGGAGCAGACGGCGUCCUUCAUUUCUCUUUCUCCUCAAUCUUCCCCCCCCCCCCCAAAUCAAAGUGGAUUUCCGGCACCUUUAUAUCAGUAGGAACUGGAGAUACCUCAAAUCCUUUGGACUGAACAAAAAGUCACUGGGCCCCUAAAAGUCGUAUUGCCCCUUAUAAAUCACUGGGCCCCUGAAAAGUCGCGGGGGUACCUAAAAAGCCGCGGGGCUCCUAAAAAUUUGCGCGGCCUCUAAAGGGCGUGGUGCUCUCGGCCCGUUUCUUAAACUUUGCCCUUGGGUUAAUCCGGCAAUGACAACAACAAAGAAAUGGAGAGCACCUCAACGUUCAAGAAAACAUGGCAACUACGGAACGGUAUGGUUUGGGAUUGGGGGGUAUUUCUUUUACUCCUAGGUCCCAUGUUUACGCCCUCAUAUGCUUCUCUUUUCUACCAUUUGUAUUUUCCUCUCACAGCAUGGACUCGCUGUUGGCUCGUGCUGCGAAUGUCGUGUUCAACUCGCCCAUGAAGGGGGACGACUUCGUGGACAGACUCCAUUACUUCGUCACCGUCGCCAUCCUGGUGUGUUUCGUUAUCGGAACCGGGCUGCAGGUGAGAGAGGUCAUGGGGUCUUUGAAAGGUCAUGGUGUCAUUGAAAGGUCACGAUGUCAUUGAAAGGGAGGGGUGUCAUUGAAAGGGAGGGGGUGUCACUGAAAGGUCAUGGUGUCAUUGAAAGGUCGUGGUGUCAUUGAAAGGUCAUCAUGUCAUUGAAAGGGAGGCGUGUCAUUGAAAGGUCGUAAUGUCAUUAAAGGUCGUUGUGUCAUUGAAAGGUCGUGAUGUCAAUGAAAGGUAGUGAUGUCAUUGAAAGGGGGGUGUGUCAUUGGAAGCGAGGGGUGUGUGUUUCAUUACGGGGGAAGGGGGGGGGGUUCGGAGGCAAUGGCACUUGUGGUUUAACAUGCACAAUUUUUGAUAUUGCUAAAGUAAACAAAUAUCCCAUGAGUAAUAUUGGAGACACGGUAACGCGAAUAGUCAAAGCAGUGACAUAGGAACGGGGGGGGGGGGGGGUGUGGGGGGGGAGACCCGGGGGGGCCUUUAAAAAAAACACUUUAAUGUAGGGACGGCAUUAUUGGUCUAUUGUAGAGGGGUUUUUGUUUGGGAAAGGGGGGAUCGUUGAUCAACAAUGGGUGGCAGUAAACCUAACUACGCCACUAACGCAAAGUCAAGAAAGAGGUGGGUGUGUCAAAUAUGAUCAGUCUUGGUUACAAUAGGGCUAUAUGUCAAUGAAACCUUGGCUUGGUUAGUGUACAAAAGGAUUACAUGUCAAUGACACCUUUGCAUAGUUGGUGCAUAACAGGGCUACAUGUUAAUUACACCAUCCAGUAGAAGAGUUCUAAUGAAGGUGAAAGUUGAAACCUGCCAGUGAAUGAAUCCGUGCGUUUUACUAUCCAAUGUCUCUUUCUUCAGUCUGCUGGACUCCCCCCCCCAAACAUUAGAAUAGGAUACUGUAAAUCAUCUCAUUCAGCCUACUCAGCUUCACUCAAUAAUGACCUCUGACCCCCCCCCCCACUUCUUUAGGAAUAUGUUGGGAACCCACCAGUAGAAGAGUUCUAAUGAAGGUGAAAGUUUAAACCUGCCAGGUAAUUAAUCCUUGCGUUUUACUAUCCAAUUUCUCUUUCUUCAGUCUGCUGGACUCCCCCCCCCCAAACAUUAGAAUAGGAUACUGUAAAUCAUCUCAUUCAGCCUACUCAGCUUCACUCAAUAAUGACCUCUGACCCCCCCCCCCACUUCUUUAGGAAUAUGUUGGGAACCCCAUCAACUGCUGGACCCCGAAGGACUUCCACUACGAGAGCUACCAGGCCCACGUCAACACCUACUGCUGGACACACAAGCUGAGGUAUCCCCAGUACGAGAGGGAAGGGGUCAUCAAUCAGACGGAAGGUAAGGCCCGGGCUGUCAUGACGGCUCUGAACCUUUGCGGCUUUUUACGGGGCUCAAAAUGCAAUGUGGUGGGGUGGGCGACUAUGCUCGCAUGCAGGGCACACAAACCCGAAAAUUGACAGUGGGUCUCCAGAGUACCGCGACGGCUCUGAGUGAUUUGUAUGUUAGAAUUCCUUUGGGUAAACAAACUAAUAUGCAGAUAAUUUUAAAGUCAUGGUAUUUUUUAGAAUAUUCCAUGGGUAUGAUUAUUAUGGGAUGAUUGGGUAUGGUUUAAUUUAUGUGUAUGUCUCUUUCAAAUGUCAAUCAUGUCAUUUAAUUUUUGUAAAAUAUAAUUUAUAAUAAUAUUAUAAUAUAAUGUCUCUUGUUGUCUAAAGUUUCCCCUGAUAUCAAUUGAUUAUCACAAAACGUUGUUGAAUGAUCUAAAUUAAUUUAGUAUCACACUCGUAAUGAAAAAAAUUAAGCUCUCUAGGUCCAGUAGAAUUUUAGUCUCUAAGUUUAAAAAAAAAUAAUAUAAAAAUACCCACAAUGAGCUUUAAUUAUAAAGAUAGAUGAUAUAAAAAUUGCCUAAGGAAUAUAUCAUUAAUUGAUGAAACGUUGGGCUGCCAUUUUUAUGAUCUCCCAAGCAGCUUUUCUUCAGCAAGCCCCCGUUCACAACUAGGCCAUCUUCAAAUAUUCAGUUUUGGAUUUUUCAGUUUCAGGGCAAGGGGUAUUAGACCCGUCACGCCCACAGCCCUUGAUUGACUUUGGCACCGCCUUCUUCCGGUGGGUGACGCUGAUCUUCAUAGUGCAGGUCAGUACGACAUACUUACUUAAGAUUGCCCUGGUAAAGGUCAGUACGACAUAAUUACUUAAGAUUGCCCUGGUGCAGGUCAGUACGGCACACUUACUUAAGAUUUCCCUGGUGCAGGUCAGUUCGGAAUACUUACUUAGGAUUGCCCUGGUAAAGGUCAGUACGACAUACUUACUUAAGAUUUCCCUGGUGCAGGUCAGUUCGGAAUACUUACUUAGGAUUGCCCUGGUAAAGGUCAGUACGACAUACUUACUUAAGAUUUCCCUGGUGCAGGUCAGUACGGCAUAUUUACUUAAGAUUGCCCUGGUACAGGUCAGUACGACAUACUUACUUAAGACUACCCUUGACGGCUUGAAAUCAUUUGUGUGUUGGAUAAAAUAAUGUCAAUCUAAAAAUGUCAUGGAAAACCAAGUUCAUGUAAAAUUUAGUUGUUUCUAUUGAUUGCUGUUUCACCAAAUUCGUAAACUGAUCUGUCCUUGUGUUCUUCAAAUUCUGUUCUCGUUAUGAAAGUCUCCCACACAAACCUUCAGUAGAAUAGCAUAUUAGUGUUCUAUUUUAAAGACGUGAUGCAUAUAGGCUGGCCAAAGUAAUUCGUGAUUAAGGACGUACAUGUGUACAUGUACAAGUGAGAAGGGUUGGGGUGUCAAUUAAAGUGAGGGGGCUCAUUGACCCCCGGGGGCUGGGGGGAAUUCAAGUACGGUACACGUGUAGCUUGACAUGCAUAGUAUGCUAAAGUAAACAAAUAUCCCGUAGGUAUGUUAGAGACAAGGUAACGCCAAUAUUCAAAGCAGUGGCAUAGGAAAGGGGUGGUGGGGGCAUUGCACCCCGGGUGGCAUGUUUGUAAAACUUUUAUGGAGGGACGACAUCAUUGGCCUAUUGUAGGGGAUUUUUGUGAAAGAGGGAGAGGAAAAUUCGUUGGCCCGGGCGUAACAAUUUUUUCUUAGUCUGUUUUUGUUUUUUCCUGAUGGUAGGCUAUGUAGAAGAAUUUCUUAUAUAUUCCAGGCUUGUCUCUUCAAAAUCCCCAACUUCAUCUGGCUAAGGCUGAGCGGCUCGUCCGGUGCCGAUAUCCAAAAGAUCCGCGAGCUGGUCGUCCAGUCCCAGAACGCAUCCACCGACGACUCCAAACGGCUGAAGAUGGACGAAGUGGUGAGCUACUUCGAGAACUGGAUCACGGGGUACAGGUCCUACAAGUUCAGGUUCGUCGGCAAGCACUCGGCGAAGGUCCUGGCGGUGCUCUUCUGCCUCGGCAAGAAGUCCGGCAGCUACAUGUCGUCCCUGUACCUGUGCUACAAGUGCAUGAACAUCAUCAACGUCGUCGGGAACUUCAUCCUCCUGACCGUCUUCUUGGACUUGAACUUCUGGAAGUACGGCCUUGUCGUCUUGAACAGCGUCAUGACGUACGGCGAUUGGCAGGACCCUUACAACUUUCCUCGGCUGCUCCUCUGUGAUUUCAUCCUCGAGGGUGGCAGCGGGAAGGCCAUCGUCGGUGGCUCACAGCCCGCCGAGUACCAGGUCCAGUGCACGAUGACCCUUAACCUACUUUUGGAGAAGGUCUUCGUCCUGGAAUGGUUCUGGCUGGUGUUUCUGUUCAUCAUUACGAUCGUGAAUCUGAUAUCGUGGUCGGUGAAGAUCAAACCCCCGUGCUCGACCAUACUGUUCGGUAAGACCUAUAUAAAGACCGUGGACUCAUAUCCGUGUUUGGAUAUCGGGAUCGCCUCGAUGAUUUCCAGCGGCGCGUCCACGGGCUCCGGGAAGAAUCUUCAGAGAGAUUUCAUAGAGAAAUAUCUGCGCAGCGAUGGCGUUUUCAUUUUGAGGCUGCUGGAGCAAAAAUCGGACAGGACUUUGGUAGCCGACGUGGUGGGGAUGUUGUGGAACAGAUACCGCGCGGUGCAGAAGAAAGCCGUGGGUUCAAAUCUGGCGCUGUACGGGGGAAUGAACUUCGGUAGCGACGUGGAGCUCGGAAAGGUCAAAUACGAUGCCGGAAGCGAUGCGCAGCUGGCAAAAGACGAUGAUGUUAACGUGCAGGUGGAUACGGUUCGUUUUGGUAAGGAGGGAGUGACUGACGAUGACGCCACUGCAGAUACCAACACAUGAUUGAAAUAGGGAGAGUGUUCAAAACGAAACUGUUACUAGAUGGGUGUAGCUCCUGAUGUAGUGUAGGGCUUGUCUUGUUGAUACCCGGCAGAGGCGUCACUACGGUUGGUGCCACCCGGUGCGAUUAACUGAUGGUGUUACUCACCUCUCUCCCUUUCUGGUCUCCCCGACCUGCACGGAGUAAUUCUUAACCAUAUCAUACAAAAUGCCAUACAUUAUUGCUUGAUAAUUACGUCCUAAAGCAACAAUAGACAUAGAAAGAAAACAGAUUUUAAGAUAACACCUUUUUUUUUUAAAUGCAUACAAAUUUAAGUUUUAAGUAAACGUUAAACUCUACAGGUACAAAUUUACUUUCAUGGUCUUCAAAGAUGCAAAUCUGUCAAUCACUUCACCGUAUCACUUUCAAUUGAUAAAAUAGUUAGGCCUUAAAGGGGAAAUGACAUAAGAGUAAGAGUUUAUUAUGUUGUUGUUUUUUCUCUGAAGUAAACGCCCAUAAAUCUAUGACCCGAUUCUGGUGUCACAAAAUUUGAGAUAAGCCACUGAUCGUGUGCCUAUCUGUUCUGCUGGCUCCCUGCUCUUGUAGAGUGUCAUCCGGUGCGGCCCGCACCCCCUAGUCACGCCACUGAUACACGGCAUUGUUUGUAAUUAUAUUCACGUUUAAAAGUCCACACGUCUCAUCUUUAACGUAUUGGCGCGAAGGAAGUAAAUAACGUAUUUUCAAUGAAACGAUUUAAAUACUGCGUUGAGCAUCUAGAUUUUCGUUGCUUGUUGUUUACUCUCUGCCCAAAGAUUUGAGAGAGCUAUAUUUUUUCUUACCAUACGGAAGUGGUUUGUGAGUGCCAAUGUUAUGAGCACUGUGAACAAUACUAAUACAUUAAUACCUUAACAUCUCAAGGGGAUGUUUGAAUUGGGAACUUCCAUUGAUUUCGGGUGGGGAGAUUACUCUCUACACUUGCAUGACUUGUUACAAAAAAAAAUAAAAGUUAAAAUAAACGAUUGAUCAGCACACAUUUAUUUACCCACGAUAUUAAGUGGACUGAUUUAAUAUAUGUCUGGACUAACGCCAUGUUUGUCAACAUACUUGAACUGUUAAAUAUAAUUCAUGCACUGAGUACUGUUUAUUAAAACUAUACUAAAAUUUUACAUAAUUUUAAUUAUAUUAUUUUAAUUUACAUUUAACAAUGAUGGUAAUUGUGACGUUAGUAAGGAUUUUUUUAAUGUUAGAGAUGAUUGUUUAUCGAUGGUUUGGAUUGUGGUAAUUUUAGUGUUAAUGAAAUGUUAGUUUAGGAUAAUUGUAACAUCAGUUUGAAUUCAUGAAUUGUUAGGAUCAUUGUACUUUUAGUCUAAUGUAGUGUUAGUUACUAUAAAUGCAAUAGGAUAUCUCUAUCAUGAAAACGAAACCGUCAUAGAUGAAACCAAAAUUUAGAAUAUUUAUUUUCACAUCCUCAUUUUCUAAAUAAUAGAAAAAAAUAUCUGCUUAGCCAAUAAAAAUUCAAUUAAGGGCCGGGCCGUUUACAACUAACAGAGAGGGCGCCACAUUAAAAGAAAGUAAAAAUCCUGCUAAAGCAGCGGUUCUCAACCUGUGGGUCGCGACCCCUGUGGCUUUGGGGUCGCGCGACCCUUUCCCAGGGGUCGCCUAAGACCAUCUGAAAACAAAUAUGCUUACAGCUAUGAAGUAGCAACGAAAAUAAUUGUGGGGGGGGGUCGCCACGACACAAAAAACUGUAUUAAAGGGUCGCGGCACUAGGAAGGUUGAGAACCACUGUGCUAAAGGCACUUCCAUGUUAUGCAAAAUUGAUUAAAAAGAUGUUAUGUACUUUAAUUUUGUCAACAUGUUAUUUAGUGCCAUGGAUAUGUUCAUACCAUGCAUAUUUUAUUUAACCAAGGUAAACAUCAAUGCCUUCAUGGGCGCCCGCAGAAAACUUUCCAGGGGGGGGGCAAAAAAAUAGAUUAACUUUCCAGGGGGGGGGGCAAAAUUUUUUUAGUAAUGUUUUAAUAUAGUUUUAAUUUACCGUAGCGUAUUUGUAUGGUGAACGAACGGACAGGACAUCAGCUUAGUUACUUUCUCUUUAUUUUCUCUUUACUUUAAUAAAAAUUUUGUCUAAAAAUUGUUUAUCCAAUCAAUCCAGGGGGGGGGGCAAGUGCCCCACCUUGCCACUACCUGCGGGCGCCCAUGAAUGCCUUGAUAUUUAUUCACUGUGCUUCAUGGUGGUGAGGAGAUGUCAAGUAAAUGCUAAUACUUAAGAAUCUAUGAUUCUAACCAAAUCUUUGUUCCGUGUAUACUGUUUUAAACGUUUCACUAUAUUCUAGAUCAUUUCGACAUUGUUUUAAAGACCAUUGUCAUGCGUUGUCAACUUUUUUUGUUUUUUUAAAAUUUUUAUUCGAAGAGUGUGGCCACCAAAUUAAAAAUUAAAUCAUGGUAGGUGAAUUUGGCGUUUUUGCUCCUAAUAAGAAAUGUGAGUGCAUUAAAUUUACUCAAGAUGGUUUAAUGGACAAAACUUAGUAGACAAAGAGGCGUGUCAAGUUUACAAUGUAGUUGUCACAGAAUUUCAGAGUGGCGUGACAACGUGAAAUUUCGACGUCAUAACAUGAGAGUGUGGCAUCCUAGCAUGGCAGUGUGGCGUCAUUGCAUGACAGUGUGGCGUCAUUACAUGACAGUGUGGCGUCGUUACAUGACAGUGAUGCGUCAAAGCACGAUAAAGAAAUAAUGAUGUGCACUAAACAGUCAUGCAUUCUACAUAAUAUAUGUGCGUGGUUCUAUAUAGAAAAAAAAAACUGCCGCCCGGGCCACCCCCCCUCCCAUUAAAGCACCCCUUUCUACAGCACUGGUUCUGUGUAUGCAAUCAAAAUAAUAGUUUAAUUUUUGCCACAUGAAAAAUUUGGGUCCCUUAAAUAUCCGAGGUUGCACGGUCCACGCGACGGCACUGUUUGAACAUUGCUAGCUACAGGCGUGCAUGCCUUUUAACAACAAAGAAGAAGGCCUAACUGAUUAAGUUUCUAUUAGCUAUAGGGCCUAGGCCUACAUACCAUUUAACAAAAAGGAAGAAGGCCUAUUUGGUUAAGUGUAUAUACCUGCUUCGGCGGCCUACUCCAAACAAGGUCAUAAUUUGAAAUAAAGUUUAUUGAAUUUUUAA